AUGGCGGAUACGAUGACUUCAACACUGGUCGAACCAGUUCGAGCCUCCAUGCUGAUCGAUCUCGAGGGAGCUAGUACCCAGCCAAAGGACUUGAGGCCGCAGGAAAGUCCACACGCAAGCGAAGUGAGGGGUAUCCGGAUUGAGGGUCUUGACAGGUCAUUUGCCGCGCUCUGGCUGGGUGGGAGAGUCAUUGGAAUUGGGUCGACUGAAGAGCAGGAUGGUAACUCUCCGAGAAGUAAGCCUCGAUUGCAAUCCCAAGCCAGUUCAAGUAUACUGCCAAAUGUGUACCUUGUGACUCCUCAUACUUCUCAAAGCAUUCCGAUGCUCCAUGUUCUUCUGACAAAGACCAUCUCUGAUUCCUCGGCUGCGCUCGAGCUUCUCAAAACUGUCCGACUGUUACAGUAUUUUGACCUUGCGGGACUGGCAGAAAGCUUGGCGGAGAUCAGUCAGGAGCUGUUCCAGCGGACUCAUGCGACUAACACGUCAAUUAAUCCAGAAGCUGGCAAACGCACUUCACCCCACGAUAUCGUCUUGAUACAGGGUUUAGGACAGACGGUGUCAGCCACGCAUCGUCGGAGCGGCCUUGUUCAGAGCAAUGCGUUGCUGAGGAAUCUAAUGAGGAACAUUACACAAAUCGCACGAAUAUCAAGAGACGUCCUUGUCCUUGUAGUUGUUCCUCUCGAGAUUGGCGCAAUCCGUGACACUCAGUUGUAUCAAGAAGCAGCAAAGCCCCGGAGGGUUCAAGCAGCUAUCGAAAUGAAGUCUGCCUUUGCUGGCACCAACGGGGAGGCGUUGAGGCUUUAUUACUCGGGGCAUGAGUCACUGGCAAGGACUCUGGAGGCGGCCCUAGAUUGUAUCGUUGUGGCACAUGACGGGUUCGGACGAGUCAAAGAGGUGGGAAGACCUAACGAGCGCGAAGAGCAGGUGGUUGAGGUCGUCAAGGAUCGAGUUGGUGACUUGAUGGGCCUUUGGGGCAUUUGGAAAGGAGGAUGA